AUGGCCUCAAUCGCCCGAAUCUGCCCACGAAGGGCCCUGAUUUCCUCACUAAAACCAACUCAAACUCUCCGCCCCCUCACAACCGCCUCUAUCCGCACAAGCCGACCAACAACCACACCACUAAGCCACCACUCACAACCUCUCUCCAAACGCCAAUCCUACCAAACAAGAAGACCCUACCACUCAACUCUCCACCCAGCCCUCCCAGUCCACGAAUACACAAACAGCCAAAUCGCCAUCCUCGAAGCAAGCCUCGCCCACACUCCAGUCCAUGGCUUCACCAACACAUCCGUUCUCCUCGGUGCCCGUGACGCAGGCUUUCUGGACGUGAGCAUCCAGCUUCUACCAAAUGGCGAAUACGACCUCAUCCUCUUCUGGCUAGCCAGUCGCCGCGGUCUACUCCGCGCAGCAGUCGAAAGUGGAGAAAUCCAGUUCCCCGCGGGGCAGGAUGUCCAAUCUAAGAUUAAGACUCUUAUCAUGGAGAGAAUGAAGAUGAACGAGGAGAUCAGGGGACAAUGGUCGGAUGCCCUCGCUCAAAUGUCCCUUCUCGGCAAUAUCCCUCUCGCCCUCACAGAACUACAUGCUCUUUCGAACGAUAUCCUCACUUUGGCUGGAGAUACCUCCGUCGAUGCGAGCUGGUAUACGCGCCGCGCUGCAGUUGCGGCUAUCUAUGCCAGUGCGGAGGUUGUGAUGACGCGCGACCCGACACCGGAUAUGGGUGAGACGGAGAGCUUUGUCGAGCGGAGGUUUGAGGAUAAGGAUUAUUUGGCCAAGAAGGUUGAGGUUGUCGGGCAGUGUGCUUCAUUCUUUGGAAAUACUGUUGUUGGUGUGGCUAGGAGUUAUGGGUUGAAGAUUUAG